AGAAUACAAAUAGAAAGGGAGGAGCCUUGAGGCAGUCAGUGCUGGGUUAUAGAAGCAGCAGAGCACAAUGAUGUGCCAGCUCUGAUUAACACAGAACAGCCUGCACUGGAUUGGAAGCAAUCAUGUAUUCUUUGGUUUACAAUUGAAAAUAAGACUUAACAGCAAAAAUGUAUCACUUUAAGGAUAUGUCGGGCAGUUCUGGAAGGAGUACAGGGAAUCAUGGCUGCCGAGGCAGAGGAAGUGGUCAAGGACACCAAAGGCAUAAUCAAAGCAGUGGAAGCAGAGGUUUCUCUGGUACUCCUGCAGAUUUGCAAAGCACUGCUUCCCUGUCUGGGAAUCAUGGCUGCCGAGGCAGAGGAAGUGGUCAAGGACACCAAAGGCAUAAUCAAAGCAGUGGAAGCAGAGGUUUCUCUGGUAUUCCUGCAGAUUUGCAAAGCACUGCUUUCCUGUCUGAUGUUCUGAUGUGUCUUGAUAAAGGAACAAGUACAAAGGAAAAGAACCCCAGACCUGUUCAAUGUGGAUUUUACAGAGAAAGAGCCCGCUCUGAACAGAGAGCAGGGAAAGGGAUGAAACUGGAAGUACAUGGGCCUUCAGACAAACAGCAUAACAGAAAGCCAUCUGGGACACAGUCAUUAAAACCACAUACCCACUCAGUCAGAACAGGAACCAGUACAAUGGAAAAGAACCCCAAACCAGUGCAAACUGGAUCUCGUAAAGAAAGAGCCUACUCUGAGAACAGAGCAGGUAAAGGGAUGAAACUGGAGGUACACGGUCCUUCAGACAGACAGCAUAACAGAAAGCAAUCUGGGACACAGUCAUCAAACCAACAAAGCCACUCAGCCAGAACAGUGCCAGCUUAUCCUGGUGCUUACCAACCAAGAAAUAUUGCUUUUGCAACAAAGGCAAGAAGUAUGCAGAACCUGAUGGAACUAUCUGCUCAUGCUAAUACUACAAAAAAUGACUCUUGCUAUGAGCUUAAGCCAGAUGGGACCAACAAAGCAAAAGCAUCAUGUGCAGAGAAAAAACUAGACUAUCGUACGAUUUCAAGACUUUCUUUGCUGGAACCAUCAGAAGUUCUAAUGCAACUUGUGGCUCCAAAAAGUGGCCUUAAUGAAUUUCUUAAUGAGGGAAAUAUGUCUUUUUCUGCAGUGGAAGGUUUUCUAAAACUCUUAAAGACAGCCAUUCGAUGCACAUCAAGCCACCAGAAUUUAAUUCAUCUCCUAAAUCAAGUCCAUGGCUCAGUGUUUCUGAAGCAAAUACUUCCUUACCACAUUAUGGAAUUUUCAAGAACAGUCACACAACAGAAUAAAACAUUUUCAUUUAUUGAAAAUACUUUUAUUUUACUGAAUGAGCUAGUAAGUAUUUUUCCUUCUAGCUCCUUCACAGAAGUAACCAUAGUGAAUACCCUUUUGGAAAGUGUACUUAAUGGCUUGCAAAAAAGUGGAGAGGCUGUUCCAGCAGAUGUGCAGCAUAAAAUGGAGUCUCUUCAAACUUUGCUUCAGCACUUACAAGUGAAAAAGCAGGAUGGAACACUGAGGUCUGAUAACUCAAUUUAUAUUGUGGGAAAUAGGGAAGAUAUUUCUGAUGAUUUCAGGAGUCUAUCCAUCUAUCCAACCUACAAAGACAUUUAUUUGGAUGAAAAAAUCUACAUGCCUCAAAAUAUUGUUGAUGGAUCGUAUCGUGAUGCAAAAUCCUAUCUAGACACCCAUUUUCGCCUACUGCGAGAAGAUUUUAUUCGCCCCUUAAGAGAUGGAAUUUCACAGCUUGUCAGUGUUCACAGUAAGGAGAUAGCUGUGACAAAGUUUAAUGACAUUCGCAUCUACUUUAAUGCACAGAUUUUGUCACCAGUCUGCACUCGAGUUGGGAUUGUUCAUGAGGUCAAAUUUGAUAUAAGCAAAUUGAGUAAUGUGCACUGGGAAAGCUCACGACGUCUGCUCUUUGGAGCUCUAGUCUGUCUUUCCAAAGACAACUUCAGGAACAUGUUUUUUGCUACAGUGGCUGACAGAAGUGUCAGUGAUCUCCAAAAGGGAGUCAUAACCUUAAUGUUUUGUGAAGAAAGUCGUCAGGCAUUGGAAAGUUACACUGUUAGUGACACUUUUCUAAUGGUUGAAGCUACAGCAUACUUUGAAGCAUAUCGGCAUGUUUUAGAGGGGCUGAAAGAAAUGGUGGAUACUGAGAUUCCAUUUCAGAAAUACAUUGUUCAUUGUAACACAGCAAUUCAUGCACCUCUGUAUUUGGCACAAAACAGGACUGGUUAUAGCCUGGAAUGUUUGAAAAAUCCCAAUUCCACACAAAAACAAGGCUUUGUUAAUAUGUACAGCCCCAUGUAUAGUAACCAAUUUGAUGUUCUUAAUUUUAAUACAUGGCCAAGAAAAGAGGAACUGGGACUUGAUGAAUCUCAGUUUGAAGCUAUUAAGAUGUCUUUAACAAGGGAACUAUCUAUUGUGCAGGGUCCUCCUGGAACAGGUAAAACAUACGUUGGCCUGAAAAUUGUACAUACUCUUUUGGCAAAUUCAGAUCUCUGGAAAACUGGGAAAAAUCCAAUUUUGAUUGUAUGCUUUACCAACCACGCCCUUGACCAGUUUCUUGAAGGAAUUCUAAAAUAUAAGGCUUGUAACAUAGUAAGAGUGGGAUCAAGAAGCAGCAGUGAGAUUUUGCAAAACUGUUCCCUCUCCAAAAUUCGUAGCAAAAAAAGCAAUGCAAAUCUGCCAGGGUAUAUGAGAGCCAUGCAUGCAGAGCUCUCAAAUGAAAGGAGAAAUGUUCAGAAAAUAUUGAUGGAAAAGGCAUGUCUUCUGCUGAGUGCCACCAAAGGAGUUCUGCAUGAAAACACUUUGGAAAAUUACAUACCUUGUCAUCAUUUCUCCAGUCUUAUGUCACAAAAGGCAUGUAUUGCAGAUCCCCUAUCAUCAUCACCACGGACAUCCAGUGUCAUUGUAGAAUGGUUGGGAAUAUCUUUAGUUCAUCGAGAUGUAAAGCAAACAAUAGAAGAUUUAGUAAACUGGGAAAGAGAAGCUCUUAUGGAUGAAAGCGACAGUGUAAAUACCAGAGCUUAUCAAGAAGAUGAUGACAAAGAUUUUAUUAAAAUUAAUGAAGAGGCAGAACUUGCAGAAGCUGAACGUAUGAUUGAUGAAGAGGAUGAUAUCAAACAGCAGCUCAUUAUAGCACGGAAGAGAGCUGCUCAAGUCAAAAAUGAGAUUCUUGCAUUUGACCCAGAAGAACAGGACAGUGAUGAUCAAUGCACAGAUCAGGAAGAAUGGGAGAUACCCAGUGAUAUGAAAAAGAAACUGAAAAAGUUGAUGAAGUAUGAGCUGGAAAAGACAGACCAUAUGGAUGAGAGAGCUUGCAAUGAAAUUCAGAAUCUUUGGCUUGUUCCACUUCGCAAACGAUGGGAAAUAUAUAGGUGGUGGCGAUCAAAGUAUCUCACUGAUAUUCGAAACCAGAUUUUCACGCAUGAAAAUAUGUACCAGAUAGUUAUUAACAGAAUGGGAGAGCUAAGAACUCAUGAGGAUCUUUUAACGUUGGGGGAUGCAGAUAUUAUUGGCAUGACUACAACAGGUGCAGCUAAAUACAGAAGACUUCUCCAGAGCAUUCAGCCUAAAAUUGUUGUAGUCGAAGAAGCGGCAGAAGUGCUAGAAGCACACAUCCUUACCUCUAUAAGUUCAGGCUGUCAGCAUCUUAUUUUAAUUGGUGAUCACCAACAGCUCCGCCCCAGCACAACUGUUUAUGAUUUGGCAAUAACUUUUAAUCUGGAUGUAUCCAUGUUUGAGAGACUAGUCAGGAUGAAUGUCCCAUACGUUCGGUUAAAUUACCAACAUCGCAUGAGGCCAGAAAUUGCCACACUUUUAACACCAAACAUUUAUGAUAAGUUGGAGAAUCAUGAAUCUGUUAAACAUUUUGAAAAUAUCAAGGGUGUUGGUUCAAGUUUGUUUUUUAUUGACCACAAUCACCAGGAAGAUCAUAUCAAAGAAGGAAAAAGCUACCAGAACUCUCAUGAAGCAGUUUUUGUGAAAUGUUUGUGUUCAUAUUUACUAAAUCAGGGCUAUAACCCAUCUCAAAUCACAAUUCUUACAACCUAUUCUGGACAGCUUCAUUGUUUACAAAAACUGAUGCCAAAGUCAAAAUUCCAAGGUGUUCGUGUAUGUGUAGUUGACAAGUAUCAGGGGGAGGAAAAUGACAUUAUAAUACUCUCAUUAGUGAGAAGCAAUGAAAGAGGAAAUGUUGGUUUCCUUAAAAUACCAAACAGAGUCUGUGUUGCCUUGUCCAGAGCCAAGAAAGGAUUGUUUUGUGUAGGAAAUAUGCAGCUCCUUUCCAGUGUUCCUCUAUGGAGUAAAAUUAAUGAUGUCUUAAAAGCCAAUAGACAGCUAGGUAGCCAGCUUCCACUUUACUGCCAAAACCAUCCAGAAAAGGUAACCUAUGUCUCUAAAGCAGAAGACUUUACAGCUGUACCAGAAGGUGGUUGCAUGUAUCCUUGUGAUUUUCGUCUACCCUGCGGACAUGUAUGCACACUAAAUUGUCACCCAUAUGAUUCAGAACAUAAAGACUAUGUCUGUAAUAAGCCUUGCCAUAAAGUUAUAUGUGAAAAUGGGCAUACGUGCAAAAAUAAGUGUAGUGAACCCUGUGGAAAAUGUAAACAACCAGUGCCAAAGCAGAUUGAGAAAUGUGGGCACAUUCAAGACAUACCAUGUUCACAGUCUGCUGAUACUUUUGUUUGUAAAGUCCACUGUGCUCAAUUUCUGCAAUGUGGUCAUAAAUGUGUUCGAUGGUGUGGUCAGACCUGUACAAUCAACUGUCCUGAAAAGGUAAUUGUUACACUGGAAUGUGGCCAUACAAUGAAAACCCUAUGCCACUUAAAGUCUAAAGCAGAAAAAGAUGGGACUAAGAUACGAUGUAGUGUCAGAUGUGAAGAAAAGCUGUCAUGUGGGCACCUGUGCCCAGGUAGCUGCAGCAGUUGUUUGGAACAAGGUUUUCACCACUCCUGCAACAAUUCUUGUGACAUUAUUCUGUUGUGUUCACACCGCUGUGAAGAAAAGUGUGCAGCUGGCUGCUUCUGCAUUCGUGCUUGUGAAAAGAAAUGUUUCCAUGGGAAAUGCACCUCUAAGUGCAGUGAUCCAUGUACUCCUUGCACAAUGCUAUGUGGGUGGUGUUGUGCUCACGAAAAGUGCACAAAGCUUUGCUGGGAGCCUUGUGAUAGGGAACCAUGCAAUGAACCCUGCAAUAAAUCACUGAAAUGUAAGCACCCAUGUAUUGGCCUAUGUGGGGAGCCAUGCCCGCAAAAAUGCAGAAUAUGUGAUGCUGAAGAGGUUACAGAAUUAUUCUUUGGCAAAGAAGAUGAUCCAGAUGCCCGCUUUGUCAAACUGAUGGACUGCCCUCAUUUUUUUGAAGUGACAAAAUUCUCUGAGUGGAUGAAUCUCACGGAACAAGACCAAGAAAUCAAGUUGAAAUCUUGUCCCAAAUGCUCAAGAACAAUCAGGCAAAGUUUGAGGUUUGGUAACUUAAUUAAACAAACUUUAUCUGAUAUUGAAACAGUGAAGGAAAAAAUAGCUAGCAAAUGGCUUAAUCAUUUAGAAAUGUUCCUUAGUGAAAAAGAAGAUAUGUUAAAGCACUUUCCAGCGGCUAGCCAGGUCAUGCAACAAAUGCAAGAAGGACAAAUUUCCCUUCAUUCACUAAUGCAGUUAAAUGAGAAAAUCCAAUUGUGGCUGAAGCUUGGUGCAAUAAAAAACAAACUAGAUGAGGUGCCUUCACUGCAGUCUGUUGUAGAUGGGUCCAUUGCUUCUAUUUCCAAAAAAAUCAUGAAUUCUACCAAAAAAUAUGAAAUAUUUCAAAAUGAAUAUGAGUUAUACAGAUUGGCUCUUCAUGUAGAGUCAUUUUUAGUAAACAGCAAUGUACCAGAUGAUUGCAUUAAAAAUAUUCAAGAUCUCUAUAAACAAAUGAGCAAAGAAUAUGCCUUAUCUCUGGAUGUUGUAAAGGCUCAGGUAAAGCAAAUUCCAGUACAGCUACAACUAAUCAGCCAAAUAGAGGCCCAAAAAUCUGCUCUUGACACAGAACUUUUGAGACUAGGGAAAUGGUACAAAUGCUCUGCUGGACACAUUUAUACAAACAUCAAACCUAAAAUGAGUAAAAUGAUCUGUCCACAAUGUGAUAGCAAUAAUUGCAGUGCCUAUGAUUAUUAUGACAGUGAUAAUAGUGAUGAUUAGGUAACAUGCAGCACUACCUUAUGGAAGUUGCUUUUAUUAAAAAUUAGUACAUUUGCAAAGGAUAGAGUAUUUGAAGUGUGAAAAAAUAGGCUGUUAAAGAAUUAAAUAUAUAUUUGGGACAGAUUUAUCAGUGUGAAGAGCUCACCCACUUUCUAUUCAUUCCUAUGGGAUUUUUAGAAGCUUAUUUAUCAAUGGCUGAAAGUUACAGUUCACCAUUUGAUACAUAUGCUUUUAAAAAAUUCCACAGGAAUAAAUAGUGGUGCAAUUUUACUGUGGUGUGCUUAUUCCACACUGCAAAUCUGCUCCUUAGAGAAGAUGGAUUUUAGUAGCAGAGUAUAGUUAAACCCCAGUGUAAGAACUAGAUUCAACAACAUAAGAUUUAUGUGAUAUAAUUUAAGAGAGACUUUCAGUUUUCAGGGGCAUAGUUCCUGUUUAACUUGCUCUAUAAAAAAGGGACCAUCCUUUGCUGCCAAUGAAGCUGUUAAACUCAACAAAAGAUGCACCAUAUAGAGAAAUGCUACUCUAACACAAGUAAAUGAUCUAUAUACCAAGUAGUUCUGGCUGAAGGUAAAACAAAUUACUUUAUUUUGUCAGUAAUGUUGUAUAAUUUUAUGUCUAUGAAGAUUUUCAUUCAUCCAGGUCAUGGUAUAUCUAGUAUAAAUAAAUUUGAAGCAACUGGACUUGUUUAGUCCAGUUGCUUCAAAUUUAUUUAUACUAGAUAUGUAUAAUUUUAUGUUCUGUAUUCCUGCCCACUAUCUCUCCAUACACCAUUUCUCUAAUUCUAUUAUAUGUAUCUAAACAACUGUAAAAAUGAAUAAAACACAACAUUUAUAAUCAAGAAAUUCUGAAUGUAGUUUUCUAAGGAUUCCUUGCACAAGUGGCUUAUCUGCAUAUGGAUCUACGCUGAUGUAGUUGGCUUAUCCCAUUUCCUUGAUUCAUAUGAUACUAAUGACUGUAUGUAGAGUUGCAUGUUAUUACAAUCUGCCUGUAAAAGAACUCUGCCUAUUGUGAUUACUAUCUUUAAAUAUAUUUAAAUAUAAAGUAUACUAAGUCACAGUUGGUCAUGGUGAAAUCUAAAUCCUCUUUUUACUGAAUAAUUUUUUCUGCCUCUUAUAUGUAUAUUCUUCAUUGUCUGUGAAGGUAUUCCAGUGCAAUAUAUUCUUUGACAUAACUAAUGAAGCAGAGUGAUAAGUAAUAGUAUAACAGAUAAAUAAGCAACAGUGCAGCACUGCAGAUUGAAAUCAGUGUAAUAUUACCAUAAUCAUAUCAGAAAUAAAAACCUUCCACAAUUGUAUUUUUUUUUACAUUCCAAACUCACUAGUUGUCUUAUGUCUAUCACCAUGUUAUCUUAGCCCUUAGACCAUAAGUGUUUACUUAUUGUAAAUAAAUAUGUAUGUACUGUUAAUAACAACGUAAUGUACUGUUCAAAUAAGCACUUUAAGAUGAAUGUGCAAAAUUAUAUUGUUCGUGGUUUUAUUUUCUUUUAUUAAAAUAAAACCUCCAGCUUUGCUGUAUUCACA